UUGUUAUGCUCUUCGCAUGUAUUUCAUACUUAAACAUAAACGUAAAAGCGUCUUCAUGACUCCACUGAUCGUGGAAAAAUUUGCAAGCUGCAUUUCUGAAGUUUAGCUGCUGAGGACAUCCAGCACAGCACUGCCAAGCCGAGGGCCGUGUAUUCGCGGUUUCACACUCAAGAUAUAAAGAUGUCCUCAGCACUUUUACCAGUUAGUCCCAAAGUUUUUGAGGCAAUGGAGAGUGUUAAUGUUGCUGCACUAGCAGAGUGCUCUGAAGCAGAGAUCCGCCCAUUGCUGCCAUGCUUGGUUCGGAUGAGCCUGAUAGCACCACUGGAUCAAUCCAAUGAGUGCAUGGAGAAAAGGAAAAUAAUCUUACGCAUCUUGUCUGGCAUAGAAGUUGUCAAUUCUCUGGUUGCACUUCUAUCAGUAAGCUUCCCACAGCUUGAAGCAGAUGUCAAAAAAGAGCAACAGCUUAGGUCAAAGAUGGGAGCCACAACAGACAGUGUGCUGUUGUCAUCAGCUCAGGAUGCAGGGGCACCAGAUUUUGAGAGAAGUGAACCCAUCCAAAAGCUGAAGUUGGUGCUUGCCACUCUUAUUCUUGUCAUGGCCCAGGCCCGUGACGUGCGCCAGGAAUUCAGCGUGCAGCCGUCAGAGCUGCUGGACAACACCGUGCACCUGGAGGACGCGGCCGACAUCCUGAGCAUCGCGCUGGCCGAGCUGCCGCAGCUGCUGCCGCCAGCCGACGUCAGCGAGGGCCUGCUGCGUCUGCGGCACGGCGCCACCCUCAUCUGCCGCCUAGUGGCCAACAUGCCGGACGCCUUCCACGAGGUGUGCACGUCGCUGGUGACGAGCGGGGACCGGCUUGACGAAGACUCCCCCGGCGGCGCGGCGCGCAUCACAGCGCUCCGCCAGCUCUGCCAGAUGAACCCGCGCCAGGUGCUCGCCGUCCGCGCCGUCUGCAUGGAGACGUGCCGCAUGCCGAGCCUGGCGGCGCUCGUCAGGAACGGGCAGAAGCGGAAGGGCACGCUGGUGUCGUCCACGCUGCAGUCGCUCCGGGACCGGUUGCUGGAGCGCCUGCAGAACACCCUGCUAAUGGCCAUGAACCAGCGGCUGCCGGACUCGGGCGUGGUGGACGCCGCCGCAUCCGUCCGGCUUUACUGCGCCCUGCGUGGACUCGCCGGACUCAAGUUUACGGAGGAGGAGAUGCGCCUGCUGGUGCAGCUGCUGACCUCGCAGCCGCCGCCGUCGCCGGCUGGCGUGCGGUUCGUGGCGCUUUCGCUCUGCGCGCUGAUCGGCUGCCCCAGCCUGCUGAUGCACGCCGAGCACGAGCGGCGCGCCGUCGGCUGGCUCCGCUGGCUCGCCACGCAGGAGGCCUACUUCGAACGGUCGAGCGGCGAGUCGGCCUCAUUCGGCGAGACCCUGCUGCUCUUCGCCAUCCACUUCCACGCCGGCAACCUCACUGCCAUCAUCGAGCUCGUCAACAACACGCUCGGCAUGAAGAUGAACAUCCGCCAAAGUAACCUGAACCGCAUUAAACACAUCUUCACACAUGACGUGUUCACCGACCAGGUGGUGACGUCACACGCGGUGAAGGUGAAGGUGACCCCGUCGCUAAGUGCUGACAUCCCGGGGACGUUGCCCGUGCACUGCGUGUACCAGCUGCUGACGCGCGCCUUCACCAAGCACAAGGUGCCGAUCAACGACUGGAUCUUCAGGCAAAUCUGCCAGAGUAAGACGCCUCUGCAUCCCGUCCUCCCAUCUCUGAUCGACCUCUACGUCAAGUCCAUGUUGGACACAACCCAAAGGCCUCAGCAGCAGGAGCACACGAACCAGCCGAUCGCCGAGGAGCAGAUCGCCUCCGUGUUCAGCGUCUCCUGCUUCCCGUCGGCGGACGGCGCGCCGGCCGCCGGCUGGCUGGUGGAGCCGGCCACUGCGCAGCUGCUGCUGCUCUACUACCUGCUGCGUCACGACGAGCGGCGGCUGGCCGCGGCGCAGUACGCCGGCCUGUUCUCGCCGCUGCUGGGCCUGCUCACCAGCCACAGUCCGCAGCUGUGUCUGGUCACACACUGGAUCACCGCACAGCCCGACGAGCUGGAGGGCGCCGCCGCCGAGUGCGCGCCCCCCUCUGCCACGCAGAUCGAGGAAGUGGCCGUCCGCCUCUGGGUGUUCGCCGGGCGUACCUGGAUCGGCCCCGUCCGCGUCCCUGCCCGGACCGUGCGGCUGCGGGUGCUGCGCGCGCCGCCGCUGCUCGAGGUCGUACUCGAGCUGCUCAACGUCUACCUGGCGGCGUCGCGCGCGCAGCUCAAGCGCCACCUGCUGGACCACCCGUCACCUGUGCCGCCGCAGCCGGGCAUGCCGACGGACGCCGAGCGUGAGGAGCUGCGCAGCGCCCUGGUGCUGGCGCAGGACUCGGCCGCCAUCCAGCUGCUGAUCGAGGUGUGCCAGGAGACGGAGCAGGACCGCGCGGCGCCCGGCGGCCGCGAGCUGCUGCAGGAGGUGCGCUGUCUCGUCUGCACCUACCUCCACCAGGCCUUCAUCGACAACCCCAUGCUGGCCAAGCUCGUGCACUUUCAGGGGUACCCGGCCGAGGUGCUGCCCGUGCUGGUCGCUGGCGUACCAUCCAUGCACAUCUGCCUGGACUUCAUCCCCGAGCUGCUGGCCCAGCCCGACCUGGACAAGCAGAUCUUCGCUGCCGAUCUGACCUCACAGCUGGCGGCGCAGUUCCCGAUCCCGCGCUGCUACAGCACUGGCCGGCUGGUUAUCAGCACUCUGACCACCCUGCUCAGCGUGCUGCCGUGGACGGAGCGGCCGCGCGCCUUCCUGCCGACGCUGCCGGCGCUGGUGCGGCUGGUGCGCGCCUUCCCGCCGCUGGCGCGCGACGUCACGUCGCUGCUGCUGCAGCUGGGCCAGGUGAGCGCCAGCCACGCGGCGCUCGGCGGCUCCAGCCACGACCUGGUCAUCCGGCACGACAGCCGCAAGGCCGAAGAGCGGACGGCGGCGGCCGUCCAGCUGCGACAUGCGCUGCCCGCCAACGAGCUGCUGGGCAUCGAGCUGCGGCGCGCCUUCGAGGCCGUCUGCGAGGCGGUCACGCUGGACGGCCGCGUCUACCGUGACGGCAGCAAGGCGGCCGACGAGCAGGCGCUGCAGGAGCAGGCCAUGAUCUCGUGA